UCUCAAUCCGUCACUCCCGGGAUUUGGCAUGUGCGAUUGGCGAAGCACGAUGCGGAAACAUGUAGCAGUCCAUCCCGAAUAUUCCUACGUGACUCCCUGGGAAGGGAAAGAGACUGCCGACAUCGUCUACGACGACAAGUCUGGAGUUCUGACUCGGACUCUUAUCGACAAGGGAUAUUUGGAGGGAACUCAUUGCAUGAGUAAGAAGCCGCAAUACUUGAUCGAAGUCAAGACAACACCCGGGGAUGCUACAAGACCGUUCUUCGUGAGCAAGCAUCAGUACAAUAGGAUGAAGGAGUGCACAGAUGCGUCAAGGUCCCCUAGAGGAUCUUGCACAGCCUACAUGCUUAUUCGCGUCUUCAACCUCACUACCUCAGACAUUGACUUCGAUGUCUACAUGGACCCGUACGCCCUACAGCAAGAUGGCUCACUGAUCUUCACGGAGCAUACUUGGCAUGUGGUCCCGGCGCAAGGCAAUGAAGCUGCUUGAUAAUGUUGGAUCUCCUGAAGUUUGAAGUUGUCUAAGACCGUGGGUUGGUUUCGUUAAGGUCCGGCUGGUGUGUCGGCUCAUGCCUUGCGUUCGUUUGUCUUCUCCCAAUGGAAGAACUAGAUCUAGCUUGCUCUAGGAUUCAUAUGAUUCGUAUCGUUCUAGUUCCAUGAAGAUCGCUGUUGUUCGAUGGGGUUUCAUCGGCGACGUGUGUCGCACUUUGCAGCAUCUCUAUCUCUUCUGCCUCAUUGGUCACUGCAAGCCCAAUCCUCUUGAAAGUUUUCCUCUCCUCGUCUACUGCCAUCAGUAUUAGACACCUGACAAAGCCAUCGAGCUUCUCCU